AGCCCGCGAAGCCAGCACCGCGCCGCAGUCUGCUCCGCGACGCCGCCCGCUCCCCACACGGCUCGCUGCCUCUCAGGUCGCCGCGGAAGGCAAGGCAUUCGCUACAGUCUUCGUGAACAACGUCUUCUGUUGCGUCGCAGCUCCGAAAUUUUACAGACGAUCAUAGUAGGACAGUAGCUGCUUGUGAGGCCUGCACGGAAACCGAGGUACGCGAUGGCGGUGUGUUGAGGCGGCCUGUAAGUCGCUCGGCGUCGCUACGUGAUGACAGCAGCGGGGACGCUGACUGCCGUGUGGCUGGCGGCGCUCUGCUGGCGCCAAGGUGCGUCGCUGGUGUACGUGACGCCCGCCGAGGUGACGGCGGCGCUGCCGCUGGACCUGGCAGCGGAGUCGCGGCUGCCGCUGACGCUGCUGCGGCUGCGGGCUCUGCCUGUCGGCGCCUCCGCGACCGCGCGCUUCAGGGCCAACAGCUCGCUGCCCUCCUGGCUGCAGCUCGACUCCAACUCUGGCCGCCUCUACCUGGUAGCCGCUCCCCAGUUCGCAACACCAGGCAACACUGAAGUCAUUGUGACGGUGACCGCCAUGGAAGACGGCGUAGGCGACGCGGAGGUGGACGCGCCGCCGCCGCCGUGGGCUGUGGCGACCGUGCGUCUUGUGGCCGCCGGCAGCGGCGCCUGUAACCUACCGCCACAGGAGGCGUGCCUGUGGCGGCAGGCGACGCUGCGGGUGCUGGAGAACUUGCCAGCCGGCGCGCCGCUCGGGACGCUGGGCCCGCCGCCUCUGUGUGCGCGUCUGGGGACGGGGCGCUGCCACCGAGUGUACGCCGGCCUCAACGCGUCACUGGACGGAGUUUCGGUGAGUCCGAGCCCGCCGGCACUGGGCGGCGCGCUGGAGGCUCUCACGUCGCGGCCGCUGGACCGGGAGGACCCACAGCUGGAGCAGCCACAGUGGCGGCGGAUGGCGGCGGCCGGCGCCGCGCUGUCCCUGGAGGUGCUGGACGCCGACGACAGCGCGCCCGCCACCAUCAACGACGGACAUCUCUACAGCAGCCGCCCUGGCGGACUCCUGCACAAGGGCGAGCCGCUGGGCACGGUGGUGCUGCAGGACGCGGACUCCCCGGCGGCCAACCGCUACCGCUGGCGCUUCCUCAACGACUCGCGGGGCCUGCUGGCCGCCAACUGCUCCUCCAGCGCCAUCAACGGCACAUUCGUCACGACGAUCAUCAGCUGCAGUGUGUUCGCGGCGCGGGACGAGCAGCUGGCGGGCGGCGACUACCGGACGGUGCUGCGGCUGCAGGACGCCGCACACCCAGACGUUUACCCUGUAUACAGGCGUUUGAAGGAAGAGGCUGCUGACAGGCAGGGACUGUUGCAGGCGGAUUCCGAGGUGCGCGUGCGCGCAGAGGGCCCGCAGGCGGCGGCGCAGCGGGUGCCGGCGCCCGCCGUGUCGUACCCCGCGGAGGCGGCCGUGCUGGCCGGCGCCAACGCGCACGCGCGCCUCGCGCAGCCCGCCAACCUGCGGCAGCUGGCCGCCGCGCCGCGCCUCGCCUUCCGCCUGGCCGCCGUCUCGCCGCAGCCGCAGCCGCCGGACGGCGACUCGUCGCCCUUCGGCGUCACCAGGGUCGCCGGGAUCAUCUUCCUCAAGAACCCGGACAGGCUCGAUCCCAACACUACUGUCUACAACGUGACGGUGACGUGGGGGUCAGAGGGGCGAGCGACGGUGAGGGUUUACGUGUUGGAGGGCGCCUCCGAAGCCUGCCAGAACGGCUCGAGGCAGGGCAGGCCCUGCGCCACCAGGAAGUCGCUCGCCGAGUGCAACGCCUUCUGCGGCCUGGGCACCGGCGCCCGCAACUACACCGUCAACCACCUGCAGUGA